GGGCGGGCAUGCGCACUCGGGAGGCCCUGCCCGCUUCGUCCCCGGAAGUAUUUCCCUAGGAUGAGAUGCGCUUGCGCGUAACGUAGUCGUAGUGGCGGCGGGCGCGGAGUGAGGAACGGAGCACGGUUUUCGGCUGAGCUACAGGGCUCCGGAGAAGUGAGCAGACGCAGAGACUUCGGGCCAAGGUCCGGGAAGGCUUCCUGAAGCAGGUUUCGCCGGGGGGGUCUGGUAAAAUCCCAACGCCAUCACCAUGGACUUCCAGCAUCGCCCUGGGGGUAAGACGGGGAGUGGAGGCGUGGCCUCCUCCUCAGAGAGCAACCGAGACCGCAGGGAGCGCCUCCGGCAGCUGGCCCUGGAGACCAUUGACAUCAACAAGGACCCUUACUUCAUGAAGAACCACCUGGGCUCCUACGAGUGCAAGCUGUGCCUGACCCUGCACAACAAUGAGGGGAGUUACCUGGCGCACACCCAGGGGAAGAAGCAUCAGACCAACUUGGCCCGGCGAGCCGCCAAGGAGGCCAAAGAGGCCCCCGCCCAGCCGGCGCCAGAGAAGGUCAAGGUGGAGGUGAAGAAGUUUGUGAAGAUCGGCCGCCCGGGCUACAAAGUGACGAAGCAGAGGGACACAGAGAUGGGCCAGCAGAGUCUCCUCUUCCAGAUCGACUACCCCGAGAUCGCCGAGGGCGUCAUGCCCCGCCACCGCUUUAUGUCUGCCUACGAGCAGAGGAUCGAGCCUCCGGACCGGCGCUGGCAGUACCUCCUGAUGGCCGCCGAGCCCUACGAGACCAUCGCCUUCAAGGUGCCAAGCAGGGAGAUCGACAAGGCCGAGGGCAAGUUCUGGACCCACUGGAAUCGGGAAACGAAGCAGUUUUUCCUCCAGUUCCACUUCAAGAUGGAGAAGCCCCCAGCCCCGCCAAGCCUCCCUGCUGGGCCCCCCGGGGUGAAGCGCCCCCCGCCCCCCCUGAUGAACGGUCUGCCCCCCCGGCCACCGCUGCCAGAGUCUCUGCCCCCGCCACCGCCAGGAGGCCUGCCCCUUCCGCCCAUGCCGCCCAGCGGGCCUGCACCCUCCGGGCCUCCGGGCCCUCCCCAGCUGCCCCCGCCAGCUCCUGGGGUCCACCCCCCGGCAUCUGGGGUCCACCCCCCGGCACCAGGGGUCCACCCCCCGGCUCCCGGGGUCCACCCCCCGACACCAGUGGUGCACCCCCCAGCAUCUGGGGUUCACCCCCCUGCUCCGGGCGUCCACCCUCCAGCCCCAGGGGUCCACCCCCCUGCCCCGGGUGUCCACCCUCCCCCAUCUGCUGGGGUUCACCCCCAGGCCCCAGGGGUCCACCCUCCAGCUCCUGCAGUUCACCCCCAAGCUCCGGGGGUGCACCCCGCAGCUCCCGCAGUUCACCCCCAGGCCCCUGGCGUCCACCCUCCAGCUCCUGGGGUCCACCCCCCAGCCCCAGGGAUCCACCCCCAGCCUCCUGGGGUUCACCCCCCACCUCCUGGGGUCCACCCAUCUGCUCCUGGGGUCCAUCCUCCAGCUCCUGGGGUUCACCCCCAGCCUCCUGGAGUUCACCCCUCAAAUCCCGGGGUUCACCCCCCAACUCCCAUGCCUCCGAUGCUGAGGCCCCCGCUGCCCUCCGAGGGCCCUGGGAACAUUCCGCCCCCUCCCCCAGCCAACUAAAAAGCUGCCCCUUCUCCGGGCCACUUCGCGGUCUUGUCCUGUUUCUCUCCAAGCUAUGUGCUCUUGUGCAGGGUUGUGCCAUGUGUCCGGCGGUCAUUAAACGGUCUCCCCUGA